UCGGCACCGUCCUGCUCCUGACACGGCCCCCAGGCAGCCUGGUCUGAUCUCCCCGCGACUGCAGACAGCCGGCGAACGACGCGAAAUGAUGCCGGGAAAGACCCUGCGCAAGGGUGCGCAGCAGAGCCCCGCUCCCGCAGCACAGGAAGCUGUGAUGCAGUGCUCUUUGCAACUACGCAAAAUAGGAGAUAUAUGCAACCUGCAGCAGAAGAUUCUUAAUGUUAUUACAAAACUGUUCUGCCCAGGAACGUGAAAACUCUUUGGGAGAUGUCAAAAAGAAAAGGAAGGAAGAAAACAAUGGUUUUGGAAAAUAUGGUCUUUACAAGCUUGUAAUAAGUGACUUGAAUGAGAUGAGGAGAUGGAAUGAGCUCUAUGCAUUACUUACUGCUGUCUAUUCCCACUGAAGGAAGGCUGUUGAAAUAUGAUUUCUCUGGAGAGCUGGACAUACGUAUUGGCUGGUGGAUGUCAGUAUGGGAGAAAAAUUACAAUUAACCAUUCCAAAGAUUGACCUGUGGAGUGACUUGGA